AUGGCAUCGAUGCCUGGGCCACCCGACAGACCGCCUCCUCCAUGUCCCUCCUGGGUAUUUUCCAACAACUCCGACACGCAUGUUGCCAAAGAUCGCUAUUGGUUUGAUACGGACUACAUCCCCUUUAGGUCCCAUUUCACGGAUAUAGCCGGCCACUCGGCAGAAGUCAUUGGAAUGGGAACCGUCAAUCUCGCCACCAUGAGCCCGCCAACCCAGACCGAUCCGGAUUCGCCUAGCUCCCUCCGCUUGAAGAAUGUGCUGCAUGCUCCUGCAACGCUCUGCAACAUCAUCGGAAGGCCCGUAAUGGACGACUACACUGUCAUAUGCGGCCCCUUCUCAGAUUAUCCCGGUUUCAUUGUGAAGAACACUGAUGGUUGUAUCGUGGCCUACUUCAAACCCAUGAAUCAAGGGCCCAACCUGUACCAAGUGCAGCUUGGCGAGCCCCCAUUAGGCCAUGAGUUCGGGCUUUCGCCUUUGUGCGCUAACGGGCACUACAUGAUUCACGCCUUCUGGUCCCAGCAUGAGCGACAGAGAUUUGCAAGCUUGAAAGCCUCGGGUCUGAUUCAAGCCUCAGGCGUGGAUCCAUUGACACCGGUCGAAAGGAAUUGGUUCAGGCAGAAACGCAUGUCUGAAAAGGCAAUUCUUGUUGCCUACGGGUUGGAUUCCAACAGGAAGGAGCAUCAAGAGGAAGGCCGUGCCAUCAUGCGAAUUCUUAAGUCCCAAGCCGAAAAUGAACCGACGGUCCUAUACUAG